GACGUCCAAUUCAGUUGGGCAGCAAGCUUCAAACGCAACGGUACAGCGUACGCAUUUGGCAAUCGAUAAACGUUCGAUAAUCGUUACGAUUACGAUUAAUCUGACAGCAUGAGCAGCGAUAGUGAAAGUGAAAAUCAGUUAAGACGCGAUCGUGAUUUGGCCGAGCUAUUCGAAUGGUUUGCUCAAAAUGAGAAUCUGCCGCAGGAAAUUGAGCCUUUGCUGCUGCGUCGCUUCUAUCAGUGCAUGUACGGACAUGUCGAGGACACCAAGAAACUCAUCGAGGUGAAUUACGCGUUGCGUAACAAGCAUCCGCAUCUGUUUAUCAAACGAGAUCCACUGGACGAGGACAGUCGUCGCACUUUUGAUUAUGCAGACAUUCUGCCACUACCUGGCCUUACGCCGGAUAAAUAUAAGGUGUCACUCUAUUGUUUCCGGGACUUUGAACCAUCCAAAAUGCAUCAUACGGAGGAUACGCGUGCAUUUUUCAUGGUUACGGAUUGUCGUUUCAUUACGCCCGAUGAUCUGGCAGAUCCCGAGGUUUUGUCGGAGGGUGAAGUGCAGAUUUUUGAUAUGAAGGGCACAACGAUGCGUCAUAUCUCGCGUCUUACCAUAAGCACACUGCGGGCUUAUGUCAAGUUCCUGCAAUUGGCGUUUCCAGUACGCCUUAAGGCCAUUCAUAUGGUCAACUGUCCGACGUAUCUGGAUAGGAUAGUGAGUGUUGUAAAGCCUUUCAUAAGCGAAGAAGUCUUCAAAUUGAUACGCUUUCACACAUCCGGUAUCGACUCUCUGUACACCUUUGUGCCCCGCGAGAUGCUUCCCGAAGAGUACGGCGGCUCUGCCGGACCACUGGCCACUUUACGUGCCCAGACCCAGAAGGUUUUGACCGAACACAGGAACUAUUUGAUGAAUCCGAAUCAUUGGCACGUUGAGAAACCGGAGAAACGUAACGGAAGAUCGUGGAAACUAUUUAAUUAAAAGAGUUCGACUGGCAAUGUGUUUUUUUUUUUUUCUUGAUAUUGUUGCAUUGUGUUAAAUUUUUAGCUUUUUAAUUGAUAUCUACCAAUAUAUGUAUGUAUAAUAUUGUAUAAGUUAUGUAAACGAAUGUUUCUAGGAAUUCUGUUCCAAAAAAAAUACUAUAUUUUUUUAAAUAGCUGUAAAUUCGAAACAUGGAGAAUUAAAGAAAAUACCCC